GGAAGUGGCAGGCAAGCUGGCCCUGGCGACUUCUCUCUGGCCCUGCUCACUCUGAGCCCUUCACUGCUGCCCGCCUGGCCCCCCACUGGCCCUGACCUGUGGCCUGGACCCACCCUCCACCCCAUGCCGCAGUGCAGCGGGGGCGGGUGGAGGGCGGGGCGCUUCCAGAUCAAGUCGGACAGGUGGAGCCGCCGGGGCAGGAGUCUCCAAGAGCCAGGCUCGGGAGCGGAAGGGCAGGAGGGGAGUGCCGGAGAGGAGGGGAGCGGGGAGCGGAGAGAGUCGCUGGAGAAUCUUUAGCCAGGAUGGAGGCAGUUGUGAACUUGUACCAGGAGAUGAUGAAGUAUGCAGAUCCUCGGAUCCAGGGCUACCCUCUGAUGGGGUCCCCCCUGCUAAUGACCUCCAUCCUCCUGACCUACAUAUACUUCGUUCUGUCACUUGGGCCUCGCAUCAUGGCCAAUCGGAAGCCCUUCCAGCUCCGGGGCUUCAUGAUUGUCUACAACUUCUCACUGGUGGCACUCUCCCUCUACAUUGUCUAUGAGUUCUUGAUGUCUGGCUGGUUGAGUACCUACACCUGGCGCUGCGAUCCUGUGGACUAUUCCAGCAGCCCGGAGGCACUAAGGAUGGUUCGAGUGGCCUGGCUCUUCCUCUUCUCCAAGUUCAUUGAGCUGAUGGACACGGUGAUCUUCAUUCUCCGGAAAAAAGAUGGACAGGUGACCUUCCUACAUGUCUUCCACCACUCGGUGCUUCCCUGGAGCUGGUGGUGGGGGAUAAAAAUUGCCCCGGGAGGAAUGGGCUCUUUCCACGCCAUGAUCAACUCUUCUGUGCAUGUCAUCAUGUACUUGUACUAUGGGCUGUCCGCCCUUGGCCCGGUGGCUCAGCCCUACCUGUGGUGGAAAAAGCACAUGACAGCCAUCCAGCUGAUCCAGUUCGUCCUGGUCUCACUGCACAUCUCCCAGUACUACUUCAUGCCUAGCUGUAACUACCAGUAUCCACUCAUCAUCCACCUCAUCUGGAUGUACGGCACUAUCUUCUUCAUGCUUUUCUCCAAUUUCUGGUAUCACUCUUACACCAAAGGCAAGCGGCUGCCCCGUGUACUUCAGCAAAAUGGAGCUCCAGGUACCACCAAAGUCAAGGCCAAAUGAGAAACGUGGCCUAGCUCGGUGCCCACCUAAGUGCCUCAGGACUGCGCCUUGGGCAGCAUCUGACUUCUCCCCACCUACACCGGUGACCUGUGACCAGGGUUUAAGUGGUCAGGACUGAGCAGGGGACCGGCCCUCCCCUCCCCACAGCUGGUACACAGGGACCACGGCUUCCGUUCCUCACCCACUUCUCUCGGCCAGCUCCAAGGACAUGGCCUCAUUGCCCUCUGCCACUCCAGAGCUGGGGGCUGAAAGGGCUGGACACUUAUUUCCCCCUCCCUGCCUUAAACUUGGGAGAGGAGCACUCAGGACUGGCCCCUACCAGGGUCUUGUGGCCUUUUUCCUCACACUGAAGAGGUCAGCAAUAAUCUUGUCACUGCAGACCUAUGAUCCCUCCUUCUCUACCCCACACUGAAGCAGAAGCUUCUUGGCCAAAGGUCAGGGUGGGUGGGGGGCCUGGGAAUACAGCCUGUGGAGGCUGCUCACUCACUUAGGUCUUCAUUAAAAGUGACAGAGGAAACCACCAA